AUGAGUGAAAAACAAGUGGUUGUGAAUAGAAGAAAUGAGCUGAGUGCUGCUACCAAAGCGAAGAAUACAGAAGAAGACUACGCUCGACAGAUGGAGGAGGAGAUGAGAAAGAAAGCAGAGGCGGCCAGAGCUGCGGCGGAACAAGAACGACAGGCGCAGUUGAAAGCACAGCAAGAAGCAGCAAGGAGAGCAGCGGAAGAGCAAACGAAAAAGGCGCAGGAGGAAGCACUCCGAAAGGCUCAACAAGCCAAAGCCGAAGCCGAAGCAAAGGCUAAGAAGGACGCGGAAGAGAAGGCUAAGGCUGCAGCACAAGCGAAAGCCCUAGCUGAUGCCCAGGCCAAGGCAGCUCAAGCGAAAGCGCAGGCUGAAGCACAAGCACGAAAAGCGCAAGAAGAUGCUAAGGCUAAAGCACAAGCCCAGGCCAAAGAGCAGGCUGAGGCUCAAGCCAAGAAGGCACAGGAAGAAGCUAAAGCUAAAGCAGCAGCAGCGCAGGCAAAGGCCCAGGCUGAAGCCCAAGCCAAGAAAGCCCAAGCCGAAGCUCUCGAAAAGGCAAGAAAGGCGCAAGCAGAGGCACAGCAAAAGGCCAAGGCACAACAAGCCCAGCAGGUUCCAGCAGCGCAACAGAAACCGGCAGCGAAACCUGUAGCGGCUGUACCUCCAAAGACCGCUCCUCCUCCUCCAGCUAAGCCUGCUGCUCCAGCUGCACCACCUCCGAAGAUCAAGCCCAGACCGGAUCCUGUACCAUUGCAAACCAAUGAACCAGUCAAAGCACCUCAACGCACCCCUGGCAAAGUGGCUGCUGAGAUGCCACAAUUCAAGCAGUACGAGCCUAGACACAUAGAACUGCCAAAGGACUCCACACUCAAACAGACAGCUAAGCUACGGGGAAGAGGAUAG